AUGACAGCUUCAGGCAACGAGGGUGUUCCAGUUGAGAUUGUCAUUCCAGCUUCAGGCAACGAGGGUGUUCCAGUUGAGAUUGUCAUUCCAGCUUCAGGCAACGAGGGUGUUCCAGUUGAGACUGUCAUUCCAGCUUCAGGCAACGAGGGUGUUCCAGUUGAGAUUGUCAUUCCAGCUUCAGGCAACGAGGGUGUUCCAGUUGAGAUUGUCAUUCCAGCUUCAGGCAACGAGGGGGUUCCAGUUGAGAUUGUCAUUCCAGCUUCAGGCAACGAGGGUGUUCCAGUUGAGACUGUCAUUCCAGCUUCAGGCAACGAGGGUGUUCCAGUUGAGAUUGUCAUUCCAGCUUCAGGCAACGAGGGUGUUCCAGUUGAGAUUGUCAUUCCAGCUUCAGGCAACGAGGGUGUUCCAGUUGAGACUGUCAUUCCAGCUUCAGGCAACGAGGGUGUUCCAGUUGAGACUGUCAUUCCAGCUUCAGGCAACGAGGGUGUUCCAGUUGAGAUUGUCAUUCCAGCUUCAGGCAACGAGGGUGUUCCAGUUGAGACUGUCAUUCCAGCUUCAGGCAACGAGGGUGUUCCAGUUGAGACUGUCAUUCCAGCUUCAGGCAACGAGGGUGUUCCAGUUGAGAUUGAGCACCGGAGCUACUUGAGGGCACGGAAAGAAAGUAGCGGGAAUGAACGUGAUCCAGAGUCUUGCGAAGGUGAUAUAGAGUCUGGCGAAGGUGAUAUAGAGUCUGGCGAAGGUGAUAUAGAGUCUGACGAAGGUGAUAUAGAGUCUGACGAAGGUGAUAUAGAGUCUGGCGAAGGUGAUAUAGAGUCUGGCGAAGGUGAUAUAGAGUCUGACGAAGGUGAUAUAGAGUCUGACGAAGGUGAUAUAGAGUCUGGCGAAGGUGAUAUAGAGUCUGACGGUGAUAUAGAGUCUGACGAAGGUGAUAUAGAGUCUGGCGAAGGUGAUAUAGAGUCUGACGAAGGUGAUAUAGAGUCUGGCGAAGGUGAUAUAGAGUCUGGCGAAGGUGAUAUAGAGUCUGGCAAAGGUGAUAUAGAGUCUGGCGAAGGUGAUAUAGAGUCUGACGAAGGUGAUAUAGAGUCUGGCGAAGGUGAUAUAGAGUCUGGCGAAGGUGAUAUAGAGUCUAGCGAAGGUGAUAUAGAGUCUGACGAAGGUGAUAUAGAGUCUGGCGAAGGUGAUCCAGAGUCUGGCGAAGGUGAUAUAGAGUCUGGCGAAGGUGAUAUAGAGUCUGACGAAAGUGAUAUAGAGUCUGCCAAGGCAAGGACUCAUGUGCUAGCUUUCAGUUUGGUGCACAUGGAUAACAAAGCUGUUAUCUUCAUCUCUUGA